CGGACGGCCAUGUUUCCGAAACACAAACAACAAGAAGAGCAGCGACUAGGAGCCAGCAGACACAUACUGAUACGCAGCAGCGACCGUUGGAGGAGAGGGGAAAAAUAAUAAAUAAAAUACAGAGCACGACUUUCUGAAAGUACGAUUCUGUCGAAUGAAUACGUUUACAGUGUUUAAGAGACCAAUGCAUACGAGAUAUUGGCAGUAGACACACCGUACCGACAACCAGUCUGGUAACGUUAGCUAUAAACAGUGAAGUGGUGCUAAGGGAGGAGGACAGGAAAUAAAGGAGUCACCUGGAGGGUCUCCGUCAAUCAACAUUUCAGUUGGAGCGAGAGAGAAAAAGGGACGGAGGGAGAGAGAAAAGAAAAGAGGAGUGCGAGUCGCGUCUGCUCUUGGCAGCUGUUCCAGCAGCCUGUUUCAGUGUUCUGGCUGUUAUCUCGUUCCUGCGUUACCUUUUUUGAUGAAUCAACUCAUAUUUUUAACUUUAAUGUGAGCUAUAACUGCUGUAAAAACAGAAAAGAAGAAAGAAAACAUUAUUACUAGCAAGAGUGUUUUAUUUUGUUCCAUUGUUAAUUUCCAAGUUUUUUUUCGUUUUUUUCUUUGUUUACCUACCAUUUUUUCGGCUGUGAGUAGCAGGAGAUUCCACUCUCCAAACUAUAGUCGAACCCCCUUCCUUAUCUAGUUAGGACCUGAUAUUCCUCAAGCACCUGCAACUGGCAGCUAUUCUCUUUGUGUCUGUGUGUUUGGGGAGCUCUGUGACCACAGCUUAAGCACCACUCAGCCUUUUAGUCACCUAAGCCUAACUAAAGCCAGCCAGCUCUAGCCUGGUCCAGCACAGUCCAGCCUGCUCCGAUCAUCUGGACAGGAUACUCAGUUCUGUGUGGACGUGAGGAAUAUGACUGCUGAGACUCUUAACUUCGGCCCAGAAUGGCUCCGUGCACUGUCCAGUGGGGGGAGUGUGACGUCCCCCCCUCCUUCCCCCGCCAUGCCAAAGUACAAGCUGGCCGAGUAUCGCUACGGCCGAGAGGAGAUGUUAGCACUUUAUAUCAAAGACAACAAGGUCCCAGAGGACAUGCAGGAUAAGGAGUUUGCUGCUAUUCUGCAAGAUGAGCCCAUGCAGCCACUGGCACUGGUGCCUCUCACUGAGGAGGAGCAGAGGAACUUCUCCAUGUCUGUGAACAGUGUGGCGGUGCUAAGGCUCAUGGGAAAAGGGGUGGGCGCCACCGCCCCAGCUGGAGUGGUCCGAGGACGAGGGGCCCCGCGAGGUGGUCGAGGACGAGGUCGCGGUGAAGGUGGAUUUUACCAAAGAAGUAUUGAAGAACCGGAGGUGGGUUUUGGACGCGGCGUCCGAGAGAUUCAUCGCAGCCAGAGCUGGGAUGACCGGGGUGAGCGUAGAUUUGAGAAGCCGGUCCGGCGGGAGGUCGGGCGUCCCGGCUUUGAAGAGCCUGUAGUGCCUGUGGUUCCAGGACGGAAGGAUUUCACAAGGGCUGACAGCGAUAACUGGCGCAUCCUCCGGGAGGAGCAGCAGGAGGAGGAGGAUGCGGCGGCGGGGGCAGGGGCUGGUGCUGGGGCUGGGGUGGUGGUGGUGGAGCCGGGAACCAACUGGAGACUUGCAGGAGUCCGCAGGGAUGAUGGGGGUCCUCGCUCAGCAGGCUGGCGGGAACACACCGGUCCCGGCGAGGGUCGUCGUCGGAAGUUUGAUUUCGAUUUCAGGGACGCCGAUGGCCAUGGUGGUGGCCGCCGGCGUGAGGGACUGGACGACGGAGACGGCCUGCCUGAGUGGUGCACAGACGAGGAAGACGGGGAGAUGGGCACGUUUGACUCCUCUGGAGCUUUCAUGGCUUUGAAGAAGGGUGACAAGGACACAAUCCUGGAGGAGGAGUUUGAUUUUAAGGGGAUAGAGGACGAGGAAGACGAGGAGUGCUACGCUGACAUCGAGAGGAACAGUGCUGAAGAAGACAAGGAGAGUAAAGAAGCUGGCUCUGCUGUAAGGGACUGCGAGACAAAGCCAGCUUCACCCUCAUCCUCUCCUCCAGCACUGCAACACUGUACCCCCCCCUCUGUGGAGCAUCGGCCCAGCAACGCAGGCCUGUUGGUGGACAAUCCUCAGCUGAACAACAGCCACCCUGUCAAAGCCAGCAGCGCGGCCAGUGAAGGUACCCCCUAUUUCACGUCAGAAGCAACAGACCGAUGGAUUCAGUUAGCAGCUCUCUUAGACAUGGCUCCUGUAGGGGUCUCUAAGAGCCAGCUGAGCCCCAGCGCCCCCCCUUCGUCACGUAUGCCUCCUCCACCUCCUUCCUCUGCUGCUCCUCUCCACCCUCCACCUGGAGGGGACGCAGAGGACGAUGAGGGCAUGAAGCACCUGCAGCAGGAGGCAGAGAAGAUGGUGGCGUCACUGCAGGACACUUCUCUGGAGGAGGAGUGCUUCACCCAGGCUCUGCAGCAGCAACAGGAGUGCAGGAACACAGCCGCCGCUCUGCCGCUGUCACACGAGGCCGCCAUGAAGUGGUUCUACAAGGACCCACAGGGAGAGAUCCAGGGUCCCUUCACCACGGUGGAGAUGUGCGAGUGGUUCCAGGCCGGCUACUUCACCAUGACCCUGCUGGUGAAGCGUGGCUGCGACGAGGGCUUCCAACCCCUGGGAGAUGUCAUCAAAAUGUGGGGCCGCGUGCCCUUCGCCCCAGGGCCCUCCCCUCCGCCCCUGCUGGUGAGACAGCCACCACCGACGCAGCGCCCGCAGCCCACCCGGGGGUCCGCCGGGACUGUGAGUCAGAGCUCUGCCAACGUAGAAGAUGGGGAGGGGAGGAUGCAGAGGAGAGGGAAGCUUGAUAGACAGGUUACGGGGAACCUGGACCAGGACCGCCUGAAAAAGCAACAGGAGCUGGCGGCAGCAGCAGCUCUCUAUCAGCAGCUCCAACAGCAGCAGCUAUUCCAGCUCAUUAAUAGGUGCAGUGAGCAGGGUAUGAUGCCUUCGAUGAACAGGUCGAUGUCAGUGCCAGAUACAGGGUCCAUGUGGGACAUGCAUACCUCAGCUUCACAGCCGUCAGGCGGUGAAGCCAGUCUUUGGGACAUAACAAUGAAUCCUUCUACUCAGGGUCCAACUCUCGAACAGCUUCAAAAGGUGGCUUCAGUUCUCCAGCAGGAGAGGAGAGACGCUGAACUCAGGGCGAAGCGUGAAGAGGAGGAGCAGCGUAAGAGGAGGGAGGAGAAGAGGAGGCUUCAGGAGGAGCAGAAGAGGAGGGAGGAAGAGGAGCUCUUCAGACGCAAGCAGUGUCGUCAGCAGCAAGAGCUGAUCAUGAAGUUGCUGCAGCAGACUCCCCAGCAGCAGGGUCCUGGGGCAGGCAGCUCAGGCUGGAGCGGGGCCCCCUCCUCAGGGCUCUCCAAGGCAGGAAAGCCCCCUGCUCUGGCUCUGCUGGAGAUGCAGCAGGAGGCAGAGAGGCUCCUGAAGCAGCAGCAGCAGCAACAGAGAGCCCAGCAGCAGAGAGAGCGCCUCUCUGGCAUGUCGAUGGGGAGCUCCUCCAUGGGCGGGCAGUGGGCGGAUGGUGUUGGCAUGUGGGGCGGGCCUGGAGGGAUGGAGGGCAAGAGCAGCAGUGGAAGCUCUUCAGGCAGCAUGGGCAUGUGGGACGAGGCUGUGAAGAACCAAGCCAGCCUGCGUGGCAACAGCAACAACAACAUGGGCCUGAAGAACAGCCGCAGCAGCCCCUCACUCAGUGAUCAGUACAUGAUGCGUAGGAAGCGGACUGAGGACGAGGACAAGCUGCUGAAGCUGCUGCAGGGCAUGAAGCCUCAGGACGGCUUCACUACCUGGUGUGAACAGAUGCUGCACGCUCUCAACACCUCUGCCAACAACUCCUCCUCCUCACUGGAUGUUUCCACAAUUGUGGCCUACCUGAAGGAGGUGGAGUCUCCCUAUGCAGUGCUGGAGUUCAUCCGGUCCUACCUAGGGGACACAGUGGAAGCCAAAGAGUUCGCCAAACAGUUCCUGGAGCGACGUGCCAAACAGAAAGCCAACCAACAGAGACAGCAGCAGCAGUUAUCAAAGGAAGUGGCUGGAUUGAACAUGAACUUCCCUCUGCAGGACUCAAUGCGAGGAAUGAAUCCAAGCACCCUGCAGUCCAUGUUUCAAGCCAACCACAUGGGCAAGUCUGGUCUCUAUGACAACCAGGGAGGGAAGAUGAAGAAGAAACAGCCCAUGAUGCUGCACCCUGACCCCAGCAUCUUGGGGUAUUCAUUCCACAACGCGAGCGAGUGUCUGAGCCUGAAUGAGAUGGAGAUGGUGGAGGAUUACUGAUGUGACGCAGCGCAGCAGCAAUAGCUACCUGAGGCCUUCUGUCUUUUAAUCAGACAAACCUGAUGACGAAUGUGCACUGCUGGGGGAACU